GCUGAUUUAUUUUGUUUAGUUCAUCAAACAGUGUCGACAGAGGAAGUUUAACAGAAGGAUGACUGGGGGGAUCAGGUGUGUCGUGUUGUGGUCCUGACCUUUCUGCUGAGUCUCGCAAGAGGAGAUGUUGAGAUCUCCUGUGUUUUCAUGCAAAGUUGCAUCUUACCGUGCACUUUUCGGGCCGGCUCUGACGUGGUCAUCCAUUGGAUUCAGGUGACAGGAGACACUCCUGUUCACUCCUACUACCACAACCAAGACCAGCUCGCAUACCAGGGCCAGAAUUUCGGCGGCAGGACAUCACUGUUCAAGGACCAGAUCUCCAGAGGAAACGCCUCGCUCCAGCUGACAGACGUGCAGGUUCAGGACCAGGGCAGAUACAAGUGCUACACCAGCACCGUCAGAGGAAACAAGGAGUUAUUUAUCAACUUAAAAGUGGCUGAAGAAACACAAGGAGAGAAAGAAACCAUCAAAUACAACACAAAUUUAACUGAUGCUGAGGUCUCCUGUGAUAUCAUGCAAAACUGCAUCUUACCGUGUAGCUUCCAGGGUGGCAAAGAUGUGGUCAUCCACUGGAUUCGGGUGACAACAGGAGACACCCCUGUCCACUCCUACUACCACAACCAAGACCAGGGCCAGAACUUCGGAGGCAGGACAUCACUGUUCAAGGACCAGAUCUCCACAGGAAACGCCUCGCUCCAGCUGACAGACGUGCAGGUUCAGGACCAGGGCAGAUACAAGUGCUACACCAGCACCAUCAGAGGAAACAAGGAGUUAUUUAUCAACCUAAAAGUGGACGACCCUUCAAAAAUGCAGGAAAACACAUUACUUGGAGAGUUUGCAAUCAUUGUGGUUUUAGCACUUAUUGGAUGGCUGGCAGCAUUCUGUAUAUACAAGAAAAAUGCAGAGACCACAGAUCAGACAGGAUUAAGUGACCAAGCUGAAUCAUCAGAGUUAAUGCCACUGAAAGGCUAGAAGAAAUGGAGAAAAUAUAAGCAGAAGACAAAUAAAUAGUCAAACCUCUCCACUAACGAUUAAAUGACACUUGAUGCACUUACCGUAUUUGUUUCUGGGAACAUAAACCUGAAGAAAGAGCGUUCAUGCUGAAACAAGACCUUCAGUUCUGCGUUUUGGAGCCGUUCAGCAAACAUCUUAUCCAAAUUGAUCAAUGGAGGAGUCGCACUACACUGCUUCUUCAUUACAAUGCAGACCCGUAUACAAGACAGGGAUGUUUUAUGAGACUCCGGCUGGUGAAGUGAAUGAAUUCUAAAGUAGUAUAUUGCGCACGUUUAAUCUAAAUGUACUGCUAUAUACACAAAAGUGCAAUAACAUGUGGUUUGUAAACACUUAAGGGUGCUUUUUACCAGCAGUAUUCUCUUUACACAGUAGCAAUAAAAUAUUUC